AGCCAGACCAGCGAGUCGACGACCAGGCCGUUCGGGAAUCACGUAGCGCAGCAAGCAAAACCGCCCUCUUCACCAGCAUCCCCACGCGCCCACCAUGGCCAUCACACCGACCCAAUUCGCAAAGACGACCCGGCAGUCGGCCAACUGGAACGACGCAAAGAGACGGGUUCUCGCUUCCUACAGAGAAUGGAUCCGAGCUGCGCCUGAGAUUCAGACGAUGUACAACGUUCCCUUGCCCGUGUCCGUCCUCCGCACCCGGAUACGUGAGGAGUUUGAGCGCCACAGGUUCGCCAGCAAGCUCCCCGUGGUGGAUGUUCUCCUGUUCAAGAGUCACGCCGAAUACCAGGAGACGAUGAACUUCUGGAAGCAGACGACGCACAUCAUGUCCUACUUCAAGGAGGAGAACUUUAGAGGAGACAAGCGGUUGCCCAACAGCUUCAUGACUGGAUUCUUGGAGGGCCGCAACUAAGAGUGCUGGAAGGAUUAGAGCUCGUGUACAUAAAUAUACAAUUCCAAAAAACAUUUCCGCAAAAGUCACACG